AUGGAAAAAUCGGAUAAAAACGAUCGCAAAGUGGCUUGGCUACAAGUUUCUAAAUUCCACAAAGUAUCAACGAGAAUGUUCAAAAGAAGUUAUAAUACUGAAAUGAAAAUUCAAAAAUCCCCAGCAGGCCUUAAGUGGUCAAGGGGUGCCAAGAAUCCCUGGGAAAUAUGCAAUAGCGGAGGGAUGUUGCAGAAAAAAUCAGAAUGGCCCCUCAUGGUACUUAGACUUGAAACGCUCAAUGUUGGAUCACUGACUGGCCGCCGCAUGGAAUUCGCAGAAAUUCUCGAGCGUAGAAGGAUUGACAUCUGCUGCUCUCAGGAGAGCCAAUGGAAUCAAAUGGUGUCUGUCAUGUCAACUCAGACGAAGAAAAAUAUAAACUACUUUGGAAUGGUCAAAAGACGGCGAAAAUUGGUGUUGGAAUUUUUGUCAGAGAACCGCUAG